AUGCUAUAUCUAUUCAUAACAGUUAAGCGUGAGUCUCAAACCCCAUCCACAAUAUUAUCAAACACUUUGUUUGAAAUAGAUGAUCAUCUUACAUUUCAAGAACUUUUACAACAAGCUGAUUGUGAAUAUCAAAGCCAUGAGAUAGUUAAAGUUGAAAUUCGUUGUGUAGGAAGUAAUCAGUAUUAUACUGUUGCAUCAGAUGGAUUAACUCAAUCAGUUAGUUCUUGCAAUCAAUCGGAUGCAUUUAAUAUUAUGAUGGAACGUUCUAUACAGCAUUCUCUUCCUCCACCAAAAUCUG